AUGCUUGGUGCUGUUCGCCGUUUCGGUGUCUCUCAGGCUCUGCGGGCAUCUGCCCCACGCUCUCUGUCUGCGCGAUGGGCUCCCCAAUUGCUCAAGUGGCAGGCUCCGACCAACCGGGUUCCUGUCCUGGCCAAAUCUCUUCACACCUCAUUCCCUGCGCUGAACGCAGCCUCUGCCGAGGCAGCUGCGCAGGAAAAGGAGUUGUUUGAAUCUGAAUUGAUCACUGAGUUUGCGGAUCUCCAGGAAAAGGGGCUGAUUGAUCCCUCGAUCAUUCGGAACAUCACUCACCCCGGCCGCAUGGGCUUGAAGACCAUGACCGAGGUGCAAAGCCAGACGAUCAGCCAAAUGCUCGGUGGCGAUGAUGUUCUGGCUCAGGCAAAGACCGGAACCGGUAAAACCCUCGCCUUCCUCGUCCCUACCAUGCAGAACAUUCUUAGCGAUCCUACUCUCACCCGAUCCAAGCCCCAAGGACGCCAUCGCUCCGCUGGAUCGUCCGAUAUUCGGGCGCUGAUCAUCUCACCCACCCGUGAGCUUGCCGAGCAGAUCGCCGCCGAGGCCAUCAAAGUUGCGGCCGGCACAGGUCUUGUGGUGCAGACUGCCGUGGGUGGCACACACAAGAGAUCCGGAUUGAUGCGGAUCCAGCGCGAUGGCUGCCAUCUGCUGGUCGGUACCCCCGGCCGUAUCAAGGAUAUCCUCUCAGACCCCUCCAGCGGCGUCUCCGCCCCCAAGCUGAACACCCUGAUUCUGGAUGAGGCUGAUCGUCUCCUGGAUCAAGGGUUCUCGGCAGAGAUCAAUGAGAUCAAGGAUCUCCUCCCGGACCCGUCCAAGGUCGAUCGUCAGACCCUCAUGCUUUCUGCCACUGUCCCUAAGGAGGUGAUGACGAUGGUGAAGCGCACCAUGAAGCCGGGCUUCAAAUUUGUUAAGACGCUCCGUGAUGAUGAGGUUCCCACCCACAUGAGAGUCCCUCAGAAGACCGUCUUCCUGCACGGAUAUGAGAACGCUCUGCCGGCCGUUCUUGAGCUAGCCAAGAGCCACCAGGCUCGUCAGGCCGAGGACCAAAACCUGCGGCCGUUCAAGGCGAUUGUCUACUUCAAUUCGACCAGCGAAGUCAAUCUUAGUGCCGAGGCUUUCAUGGUUCUCCGCAACAUGCGUGGCGAUGCACGGGGCCCAGCCCCUCUGGGUCGCAUGCGUGUCCACCAAAUCCACUCUCGUCUCACGCAAGCUGCGCGGACUAAUAGCGCUAACAACUUCCGCCGCGCCGAGGAAGCCAUUCUCUUCUCGUCGGACGUCACAUCUCGUGGCAUGGAUUUCCCUGAGGUCACUCAUGUCAUCCAGGUGGGCCCUCCCCGUGAUCGGGAGACUUAUAUUCACCGCAUUGGCCGCACUGGUCGUGCCGGCAAGGAGGGCGAAGGCUGGUUGUUCCUGCAUGAUGGCGAAUACGAGUUCUUCCAAAAUAAGCUGGGCGAUCUGCCCCUCACCGAGGAUACGACUCUUUCUACGGCCUCGCUGAACAUGGCCCGGGACCUGGACACGGCCUCCCCAGCGACGGCUGAGACCAUCACACAGAUUAAGGAUGCGAUGAACGAGGUCUCGCCGAUUAUGAAGGAGACCACGUACCGGUCCCAAUUAGGUACCAUGAGCCAAAGCUUUACCAAGCGACGAAAUGCCAUUCUAGCCCUCAAUAGCCUAGCCAUUCACGGUUACGGUUUGCCCGAGCCACCAUCCGUCAAGGCUAGCAUUGCCCGCAACCUUGGCCUGGACCGCAUCAAGGAGUUAAAACUUGAGGAGGGUGGCCCUCGUCGCCGUGCCAUUGACCCCUUCGACGCUGGAAGACGUGGCCGCGGCUCCGAGGACUUCAGCUUUGAGGAUCGUCGAUCCAACCGCGGCAGAUCCCCCCACGGCAGAUCCGGUCACUCGAGUGAGGGCCGCCCCUCGAGCCGCACUGGCAGCCUCUACGGUGCUCGCUCCCGCUAUUAG